UGCAAUCGGGACUUCCUUCUAGGCCGGGGCGGGCACCUGUGCUGAGUCAGCGUCACAGCCGAACUUAAGUGAGAGGGAACGUAGGUCCCGCUUGCCAUGGGAGAGGUGGAGAUCUCAGCUCGGGCCUACGUGAAAAUGUGUCUGCAUGCCGCCCGGUACCCCCACGCUGCUGUCAACGGGCUGUUGCUGGCACCAGCGUCGCGAUCUGGUGAAUGCCUGUGCCUCACGGACUGCGUACCCCUAUUCCACAGUCACCUAGCCCUGUCAGUCAUGCUGGAGGUCGCCCUCAACCAGGUGGAUGUGUGGAGCGCCCAGGGCGGUCUAGUGGUGGCUGGGUAUUACCAUGCCAAUGCAGUUCUGGAUGACCAGAGUCCUGGGCCCCUGGCCCUGAAAAUUGCCGGGCGAAUUGCAGAAUUCUUCCCUGCUGCAGUACUCAUCAUGCUGGAUAAUCAGAAACUAGUGCCUCAGCCUCGUGUGCCCCCAGUCAUCGUGCUGGAGAACCAUGGUCCCCGUUGGACCCCCAAGGACAAGAACUUGGUGAUGUGGAGGGACUGGGAAGAAUCUCGGCAGACAGUAGGCGCACUGUUGGAGGGCCGGGCCCACCAGCACCUCGUGGACUUUGAUGCUCACCUUGACGACAUCCGGCAGGACUGGACCAACCAGCAGCUGAACACCCAAAUCGUCCAGUGGAUUGGUCCCACUCAUGGCAAUGCAUGAGCCAGGGCCAGUAGGCUCAGGGUCCAAUAAAGAGACUCGGGCUGAAGGGCAA